GGCUCCAUCGCUUGUCACCUUAGCAACAGCGUGAGCGCCGCCACGCAUGCGCAGCACCCACCGCAGGGAGGCGGGAGAGCGGCUGUCAUGGCGGCUCCCCUCAGGCCGUUCCGCCUCCGCCGCCCCGGCAGCGCGCAGAAGUUCGGGGCUGCGGCCGGGAGCCUGCGUGGGUUACUGCGGAAAGGAUGCCGGCUGCUGCAGCUCCCGUUGGCAGGGAGCCGGCUGUGCCUCUACGAGGACGGGACGGAGCUGAGCGAGCCGUUCUUCCGCACGUUAUCGCCGCACACGGAGCUGGUGCUGCUGCGGCCCGGGGAGAGCUGGACGGGAUGCUGCGGGGACGUGGAGCGGUUCCUGGUCGCACUGUGCAGCCGCACGGACGCGGUGGUGGAGGCCGCACGGCGGCUGCUGCAGGACGAGCGGGCGCCCCGCAGGCAGAAGCUGCUGGCGGAUCUUAUACACAACAUGAGCGGGGACAGCGCUGCAGAGCGACGGGAUGAGGACGGGAAGUGGUUCGAAGGUCUAGAAUCUCGUUUUAAGAACAAAUCAAGUUAUAUGCGGUACAGCUGUGAAAGCAGGAUACGGAGCUACAUGAAGGAGGUUAGUAAUUUUAUCUCAAAUGUUCAUCCUACAGCAAGAGAUGCGUAUAGAAGGAUACUUGAGCUGAUGUCGGAUAAACUGAAGUCUGUGAGAUAUAACGGCAGCUACUUUGACAGGACAGAGGAGGAGGCAGCGGUGCGGCUGUGCACAAAGGAGGGAUGGUUCUCUUGUCAGGGCCCUUUUGACAGAGAUGACUGCCCAUGUAAGCAUUCUAUCAACCCCUAUACGAACAGGGAAAGCAGAAUCCUCUUCAGCACCUGGAAUCUCGAUCACAUAAUAGAAAAGAAACGCAGCGUUGUCCCAGAGCUGGCAGAAGCUGUCAAAACACGAGAUGGAAGAGAAGUGAACUGGGAGUACUUCUAUCAGCUAUUGUUUACAGUGGAUAAUCUAAAGCUUGUCCAUAUUGCUUGCCAUAAGAAAACCAAUCAUAAUCUCAGCUGUGACAAAACUAAGAUUUACAGAAAAAGGAAGCAAAGCCGUGAGAUUUCAUAGCGCUCCCUUUGGAAGCAACUGCUGGUUUUGGUUUCUUUCCAUUUCAAAAUCAUGUAAGAUGGUAUAAUGUUUAAAUAGCUCUUGUUUCUUAAACAAAACCUUACUUAGCUGGUCUCUUCUGCAAGGACUUCUUCCUUUAUCACCUCCAGUGCAUUCAUUGAACUGCAAUCUCACAAAGCAUGCGCUCAGAUCGUGCCUCCUUCUCCCACCUCAGAUGACACUGCUGAGUGUGAUAAUCUGACUCAUAGCUGCAAUGUGCAAAAUAGAGGCCAGAAGCUGACACUGAUGAUACCUUAUGAUUUCUUGCUUGCUGUGAUAAAUGUAGGUGCAAAAUGCACAGUGCAGAAACUGAACUUACACAGAACGUUUCUUAUAAAUUAAGUAGAUUAAUACUGCUCUGAACGUUAAGCCAAACAAAGAAUACUUCAGGGUAAUUAUUCUGUGCCUUUACCAGGAAGACAGGCGCUGUAUUGCAGACAGGCCAAAUGAUUCAGUGGCAGAGCUGCUGGCUCUUCUAUAUGAAGACACCUGCACUCAUCUGUGACCAUUCAAUCUACUGUUGCAUAGAUGCAAGUCUUCUAGAAGGAUGCUUCACUGCAUCUCUGCUUUUACCACCCUUGUGCUCUGUCAUCUUUCCCACUGAUUUGCUUCACCUUUCAGUCUCUGCCUCUCUAGAUUUUGCUUUCUUGAAGCAAUACAUAAAGUCUUAUACCAUAAUGUUUGCAGAAUGCUGGUGCUGUAAAACACAACCUACCUCCGAGGUAACAAAAUACACAUAGAUCAUUCUUUAUUCUGUUUCUAAAUACCAGCUGAUAGCUACUGAACUCUCAGGGAUGAGUAUUUUUUAAAUCAAAAAAUAAAAGUAACAUCACUGCCA